AGGGAAAUUGUUUCCCAGAAUGGGAUGGACUCAUUUGUUGGCCCAGAGGAACAGUGGGGAAAAUAUUGGCUGUCCCAUGCCCUCCUUAUAUUUAUGACUUCAAUCAUAAAGGAGUUGCUUUCCGACACUGUAACCCCAAUGGGACGUGGGAUUUUAUGUACAGUUUAAAUAAAACAUGGUCUAAUUAUUCAGAGUGCCUUCGCUUUCUGCAGCCAGAUAUCAGCAUAGGAAAGCAAGAAUUCUUCGAACGCCUCUAUGUCAUGUACACAAUUGGAUAUUCUGUCUCCUUCGGUUCCUUGGCUGUGGCUAUUCUCAUCAUUGGUUACUUCAGACGAUUACAUUGCACUAGGAACUAUAUCCACAUGCACCUGUUUGUGUCUUUCAUGCUGAGAGCCGUAAGCAUCUUCGUCAAGGACAAAGUGGUCCAUACUCACAUAGGAGUAAAGGAGCUGCAGUCUCUGGUAAUGCAGGGUGACCUGCAGAGUUCCAUGGAAGUGCCUUCUGUGGACAAGUCACAGUAUAUUGGGUGCAAGAUUGCUGUUGUGAUGUUUAUUUACUUCUUGGCUACAAAUUACUAUUGGAUCUUGGUGGAAGGUCUCUACCUGCAUAGUCUAAUCUUUGUGGCAUUCUUUUCGGACACCAAAUACCUGUGGGGCUUCACCUUGAUAGGCUGGGGGUUCCCGGCAGCAUUUGUUGCAGCCUGGGCUGUGGCGCGAGUGACUCUGGCUGACGCAAGAUGCUGGGAACUUAGUGCUGGAAACAUCAAGUGGAUUUAUCAAGCUCCAAUCUUAGCAGCUAUCGGGCUCAAUUUUAUUCUGUUUCUGAAUACGGUUAGAGUUCUGGCUACCAAAAUCUGGGAGACCAAUGCAGUUGGGCAUGACACAAAAAAGCAAUACAGGAAACUCGCCAAAUCGACCCUGGUCCUGGUGCUGGUCUUUGGAGUGCACUACAUCGUGUUCCUGUGCCUGCCCCACUCCUUCAACGGGCUGGGCUGGGAGGUCCGGAUGCACUGUGAGCUCUUCUUCAAUUCCUUUCAGGGUUUCUUUGUGUCUAUCAUCUAUUGCUACUGCAACGGGGAGGUUCAGUCCGAGGUGAAGAAGUUGUGGGGCCGGUGGAAUCUCUCCAUCGACUGGAAAAGGACGCCCCCAUGCGGCGGCCACCGAUACGGCUCCGUGCUCACCACCUUGACCCACAGCACCAGCAGCCAGUCGCAGGUGGCUGCCAGCGCUCGCAUGGUGCUCAUCUCUGGCAAAGCCACCAAGACAGCCGGCCACCAGCCCGACAGCCACGUGACGUUACCCGGCUAUGUCUGGAGUAACUCGGAGCAGGACUGCCUGCCACACUUGAUCCACGAGGAGGCCAAGGAAGGUAACGCCAGGCGAGGAGAUGAGAUUCCAAUGGCGGAGUCUCCCAGGCCGUUGGAAUUCAACCCAGACCCUGAAGGAAGCAGAGGAGAAACGGAGGAUGUUCUCUGAGUCAACAUCUGUGACUUUAAAGAGCUGGUCCCUCAGGUUGUGUGAGAGAAGCUUGGCUGGCAUUCCUCUGCUUGCGCCCCAGAACUGAAAAUUCAGGGUUCAAAGUGUUAUUUCACAAAAAUUUUCAGGUUGCAUGAAUUUGAUCCUAUAAAUCCUAAAGACACAAAAGAAGAAGUGUCAGUGGAGUAGUUUAUUCUCUUAUGUUGGCAUCAAGUUCUCUUCCAAAUUGUUGUGCGACAAAUUGCUCUGUGAUUGUUCAUUUUUCUGCUGCUCUUGGGUAGAAAACGUUUCACUCCCUUGGCUCUGGUUUUCUCUCAUAAAUAUCACCCUAAGUAUGAUAGAGAUCAUUCAGUAUGUGUCGUUUCCCUUUUCAGAUAUGAGCAUUCUGUUUUUCUCUUUCUCAUUUUAAGGUUCUUCUACCGUUGCAUUUCUUUGGGGGAUGCAGGGGAGCAAUUAGGGUCUGAAGAUGUACGUUGAAAUGUGAGCUAAGAACACACACACACUGGAAAAUAAGGGGCUGGGCUUUGAUAAGAUAAUACAUUUGUGACAUAUUUGUUUCUUUCUAGGAACAAGGAGAAUUACUCAAAAAAGUAUUGCACAUAUUCCUUCUUUUGAAUGUCUCCUUUGUGACCAGCCAAAUCUCAGGUCUUCUUCACUCCUCUGUAAAGCUUGACAUGUCACACGGUUUUCCCUGUUAGCUUGUGUCUGCAGGCUGAUUGUGUUUGUAAUCGUUUGUAUCGCUGGUAUGGCACACA